AGAACCGGAAGUGGCUGCUGUUGCUAUGCUUCGAACUUGACGUUACCCUGUACUGUGAAGACUUUCGUUUUCAUUUCUUCAGUGGAAACUGAGUUGAUGUUGGUGUAGCUGCCGUACCGCAGACAUGGCCGGCUUAGAGGUGUUAUAUACGUGUGUCGGUGGCAGCAUUACCUGUCCGCAGGACGCCGUUGUGUGUUUCGUUCACUGGGAAAUGAUAAAAAAUGGAUACAGGUGCAUCGGGUCCGGAGACGAGGCCCGCAGCAGUGAUAAGAAGUCCGAGCUGCUGCCUGCUGACUGGAGCAGCAACAAGGAGUUGUACAGUCUGCGAUAUAAAGCCAAAGACCGUGAUGCCCAGCUGCUAUUCAAAGCCAUUGCUGUGGACUCCACCUUGAUCUUUAACCUGAUGAACUCCAGCACACAGCAGGUGUCAGACUUGACGGUGAACAUCAGCGACCACGUGGAUGCUGAUCAGUUGCACUCUUUUGACAGUGUGUUCAAGGAUGUAGCCAGUCUGUCAGAGAAGGUGAAGACUCAGCUGCUGCCCCCCCAGGACAGACCGACAGGACAGAGGAUGAGUCGGAGGGAUGCCGAGGAUGAGGAGCAGAGACGGAGAAGAGAGGACAGCGACCCCCUCCGCAUCCCCAACAGACAGCCUCGCCAGGGACCACCGCCCCACUGGGCCGACCCCAUGGUGCCUCCGUUUGCAGCUGGAGGAGCGGAUCUGGAUCCCUUCGGGACCCGUGGCGGUGGCGGGAUGAUAGUUGACCCGUUGAGGUCGGGGUAUCCUCGCUCUGGUUUGGACCCCUCCAGUGGGAUACCGGACAUUCUGCCUCCCGGAGCUGUUCCCCCGGGGGCUCGCUUCGACCCGUUUGGACCCCCCGGACGACGCAGGCCAGGGCCGGACCCAGACCACAUGCCCCCCCCCGGCUAUGACGACAUGUUCAUGUAGUAGCUCUUGCCUUUCUACUUCCUGUUUGAAACUCCCAUCAUCCUGUCCUCCAGACAACAGGAGCCAGAAGGAAGUCCUCAUCUUCACCUCCUCAAGGGUUUGAGCUGGUUUAGUGGCCUGAAAAUAAAGAAAUGUCCCCCUUUUUUAUUUCUCCUGUUUUUGAAAAAGAAGAAAGGGUUGUUUGCUUAUUUCAUAUGUAUAUAACUUAUGUAGAAGUUCCCCACUCCUGGUGUGUAAUCAGCGAACCGCAUCAGUGCGGAUUCCCUCUGCUUCCUAAAUGAU